GGGCAGCGGGGGCUGCAGCCCGCCCCGCGCACUCGGGAGGCGGCUGGAGGUGGCGGGGGCUGCGGGGCACGGCCGCCCCUCCCCCGUCAUGCCCCCCGUGGGGGAGGAGUCUCCAAAGUCUACCAAGAACACCCCAAAGCCUGGCAGCAGCAGCAGCAGCAGCAGUAGCGGGAAGGAUGGUGGGACAGAGAAUUCAGAAGAGGCCCAGCAGCCCCAGCCACAGCAGCAGCAGCAGCAGCCACAGCAGCAGCAGCAGCAGCAAACAACUUCAAAUAAACGUCCCAGUAACAGUGCUCCCCCACCAACCCAGCUGAACAAGAUUAAGUACUCGGGGGGACCCCAGAUUGUAAAGAAGGAGCGCAGACACAGCUCUUCUCGCUUCAACCUGAGCAAAAACCGGGAACUGCAAAAGCUCCCAGCCCUUAAAGAUGCUCCUCCACAUGAACGAGAAGAGCUUUUCAUCCAGAAGCUGCGGCAGUGCUGUGUGCUUUUUGACUUCAUCUCUGACCCCCUCAGUGACCUGAAGUUCAAGGAGGUGAAACGAGCAGGUCUCAAUGAGAUGGUGGAAUACAUCACGCAUAACCGUGAUGUUGUCACUGAGGCCAUCUAUCCUGAAGCUGUUAUCAUGUUUUCAGUGAACCUCUUCCGGACACUUCCACCAUCAUCCAAUCCCACAGGCGCGGAGUUUGACCCUGAGGAAGAUGAGCCUACGUUAGAGGCUGCCUGGCCACACCUUCAGCUGGUGUAUGAGUUCUUCCUCCGGUUCCUGGAAUCACCUGACUUUCAACCAAACGUAGCCAAGAAGUACAUUGACCAGAAGUUUGUAUUAUCUCUGCUGGAUCUCUUUGACAGUGAAGACCCCAGAGAGCGAGACUUCCUAAAGACUAUUCUGCACAGGAUCUAUGGGAAGUUCUUGGGCCUGCGAGCAUAUGUGAGACGGCAGAUCAACAAUAUAUUUUACAGGUUCAUCUAUGAAACAGAGCACCACAAUGGGAUUGCAGAGCUGCUGGAGAUCCUGGGAAGCAUAAUCAAUGGGUUUGCUUUGCCUCUGAAGGAAGAGCACAAGAUGUUCCUCAUCCGAGUCUUGUUACCACUGCACAAAGUGAAGUCUCUCAGUGUCUACCACCCGCAGUUGGCGUACUGUGUCGUACAGUUCUUGGAGAAAGACAGCAGCUUGACAGAACCUGUGAUUGUGGGCUUACUGAAGUUCUGGCCGAAAACUCACAGUCCCAAGGAGGUGAUGUUUUUGAAUGAGCUGGAGGAGAUCCUGGAUGUGAUUGAGCCAUCUGAAUUUGUGAAAGUCAUGGAGCCCUUGUUCAGGCAGUUGGCCAAGUGUGUCUCCAGCCCACACUUCCAGGUGGCAGAACGAGCACUGUAUUAUUGGAACAAUGAAUAUAUCAUGAGCCUGAUCAGCGAUAACGCAGCCAAAAUUCUCCCGAUCAUGUUUCCAGCCCUCUACAAGAACUCCAAGAGUCACUGGAACAAGACAAUCCAUGGGCUGAUCUACAAUGCACUGAAACUGUUCAUGGAGAUGAACCAAAAGCUUUUUGACGACUGCACGCAGCAAUACAAGGCAGAGAAGCAGAAGGGAAGAUUCAGGAUGAAGGAACGAGAAGAAAUGUGGCAGAAAAUAGAGGAACUGGCCCGACUGAACCCCCAGUACCCCAUGUAUUAUGCACCUCCAUCAUUGCCUUCUGUCUGCUGUAUGGAAACGGAGACCCCAACUGCAGAGGAUAUACAGCUACUGAAGAAAACGGUGGAGACAGAGGCUGUGCAGAUGCUGAAAGACAUUAAGAAGGAGAAGGUUUUGCUGCGUCGAAAAUCUGAGCUUCCUCAGGACGUCUACACUAUAAAAGCCCUGGAGGCCCACAAGAGAGCAGAAGAAUUUCUCACCUCAAGCCAGGAGGCUCUCUGACGGGCUCAGGAGCUGGCCCAGGAAGCUCUGCCCCAUCCCUUUCCCCCAGGGGUCAUGGAAAUGCACUCGGUUCUCAUGUAUAAAUUAAGGAAUGAACAUGGUGAGCUGUGCCUGUCCUCCACUCCAUCUGCAUCCCUCCAGGGUAGAUCUGGUUUUACGUUAUAAGUUGUAUCCCACCAUUGUCAUAUCCUUCUGCUUAUUCUUCUUCUUCCUGCUUUUCCACCUCGGGUGUGUGUGCGUGAAGGAAGCCUCUCUGACCUGCAGUUGCAACAGCCCAGGCAGGAGUUGCUUCGUGUCCAGCUGCUGCAUAGUUCUUACCCUGCCUGGGAGCCAGAGCCUUGCUGCCCUCUGACACAGGCUCUGUGUUGGCCAGAGGCUACCACGUGUGGCUCAGUGUGCUGCUACAAGCCCCAAGUGCCCAUCCCCGCCAUGCCUGCCCAAAUGCUGCCUGUGCAGCCAGGCCCUGUGGCAGUCAGAGGUCAGGCUGAGCUGGGGGCAGGAGUGUGUGACAGUUUCUGGGGGCUCUGCUGCCUCUCCGCCCUGCCUUGGGGUGCUGCUCCACAGCUGGAGGGUCUCACGUACAGCAGAGGAGAUGUUUGCUUUCACCUUUAUUUUGCUUCAAGCCCCUUGUUCUGUUCCCCUGUCAGCGCAGAGGGGGCUCAGUGCUUGCCACCCCCAGUAAAGCUGGAUGCAAGCACUAUAUGCUAUUGCAGACCUCCUUUUAGAGCACCUUUAGAAGCUCUCUUGUGGGAAAGUGAGUUCCUUCAGCUGUUUGUAUUGGUCUGUGCUGACUUGUCUCCAUCCUUGUCUCUUGGGUUAGUUGUGGUCCCAGAAUUAACUUCCUGGUUUGUAGCAGGUAUCAGCCACUGACUUCAGCUUUCUUCCUCUAGCUGCUCAAUUAGAAUACACCUACAGCUCUCCCUUUGUCGCUGUAUCUCAUCCUUAGCUCUGCAGUGGCCAGGGUUUCUAGAAAGCUUGUGCUGCCAAAGUAACUUCUGCAAACUAGUGGAAGCAAGGGAUACACAUUCUGGGGCCAGGCUGAGUUUCUAUGUGUUCAGUUGUCUCCUCUUUAUGAUCAAUGGCUAGGUGCUACUGCUGAAUUGCUGAGCAAAUUCAGCUGAGCAAAGUUUGCCUCACCCUGUUACUUUGGCACCUACUGUGGCCCAAGGCCCUUGUUAGUUAUCAUAUGGUGCAUCAGGGACUUGUGCUAAUUAGCAUUUAGAGCACCCUUGCUGAUAGCCCAGAGGGUUGCGCAGCACUUGGGUGCUACUGUGAUCUGGCUUACUGCCCCACCUUUUGUGGUACAGAUUCAGUGCCCCGCCAAGGUGCCACCUCAGAGAGGAUGGCUCAUGAUAGAAAAGGGAGCCUUCCUUGCUUCUUACCUGCUGUGCUUGCUUUGUUGACACCAAAGCUUAAGUGGGUUUGCAACAGUGCAGGGAGCUCACAGCAUCAGUACUAGUCUGACACUGCUUUGCAGCAUCACAGGAUGUUGCAGAAGGUCCUGGUGUUAUCUGCUCAUCCUCACCAAUAAACCAUUCCCAGGUUAGAUGUCCCCUCUAAUCUUCCUGUCAGUGUGCAGCACACCUUUCCUCCAACCCAAACCAAGCUGUUUUUUCCACGGUGUAUCCUGUACCCCAUCCCAUUUAGCUCUUUCAGUUUGGCCCUCAUUAGACAUGCCACCAUCUCUUAGGAGCGGCUGGCAAGUGUGACUACGUGUGAGAUCACCCACAGUCACCCUAGGACCCUGCCUCCCCUCUGCCUCAUGCAAGGGCCCAGUUCAUCAGGAGACUUAUGAAACACCUCAGGGAGGUUAUUGCUUAUUUUGAACAUUAGUCCAAGCUCAUGGUCAGCUGCCAAUCAAUUACCUCAUGCCUGGCACAGCAUGUAGACAUGCGCUGGGUGAUGUAGCUGUGCCGGAUGGCUCACAGGAGUGGCAGGUGUCUCUGGGCACAGCAGAAACAAGGACUGCUGAGUGACUCCCACAGCAGGGCUUGGGAGGAUGUUUCUUCCUGUUGCAGUACAGGCAACAGCAUGACUGUUGCAGUACAACUCUUCCGCUUAGCAUUGCGUUAUAAGCUGCCACCUCAUUCUUGGAAUGCUAUGAUGCGUGCCCUCGGUGGAGCCUGCUUGCUGCUAGGCAGUGGCUGCCUGCAGAAGGGAGAUGUGUGGUGUGCAGGGGCUGUCACUGUCCUGCAGAUGAUCUGUCUCUGGCAGCAGGCCCCGAGCGUAGCCAGAGGAAGGUUGCUGGAGUUGUGCUGCAUGUAGGGACAGGACUGUAACAUGUUACAACUAUGUGCUGUACAGCUUUGAUGUUCUCAUAGCUUUUUGUGUCUUGUUCCGAGUCAGGGAUCCAAUGCUUAGUACUUUCAAAUUGCCAUUAGUUUGCUGCCUAUUCAUUCCAGUGUCCUGGACAUUUAAGAAGGGGACCAUGUGAGAAAGGGGAAAGUGUGUUCACCCUCUCCAGCACAUGUAUUGCUCAUUUGCAGACCUAUGUCUGCCACGCUACAGCUGCCCCUUGCUCAGCACUUGGUUUCUAGCAUUAGUGCUCCUCAUUUCUGCCUAUGCCUUUCCCCACAUCAGCCAAAUGGACAGAACUGGAGCUGCCUAUUCCACUUCACCUGGCUCCCUCCUUCCAAGGGAACAAGCAAAACUAAGUACUGCAUUCACCCCCUGGACACAAGUAUUAAGCUGCUUACAGUUCAUAUGUACAUAUGGUGUACUUUAUUUUCAGUAGAGCAUUACAUAGUAUGAAAGUGUUGGAUUUUGUACAGAUGUCCCUGUAUGUACAGAACUAAAUAAAACUGACCUCUUGGAAAGACACA